UUUAUCAAAACAGGUGAUUAGGGAGGCGCAUCAUCGACAGCUGGCUUUGAAGUUGUGAAAGUUUGAGUCGGACAUGCUGGAGUUUCCCGCGAUGAAGUUGUUUCUUCACGUCGCCCUGAAAUUGCGCGGUUAGAAUUUGCAACGAACAGGAAUGGAGGAGUCGAAUGCGGAGGCGUUCGACCCGUUGGGGCUGUGGAUCAUACGGGACGACUACGAGAAGGCGCUGGAGUGCCUGGACCGGGCUCUGACGGCGGACGAGGUGGGUAGCGGGGCGGAGGCCCUGGAGCUGUACAGACGGGGCCGGUACCACCUCCACAGGGGCAUGGGCGUGGAUUCGGCCCGGCCCGAGUGCGUGGGCUCCGCCUGGGACGCCGCUCGGCAGAUGCAGCGCAAGAUGAGCCACACCCUGGGCAACAUCGCCACGCGAUUGGCCGCCCUGGAGACCACGUCCACGCCCGCCCCUACGCGCCCCGCCCCAAAACCGCCUCUCGCCCUGGACCAGCAGGGGGCGUCCGCUCCGUCCAGAACGCCCCUCCCCGGGUUCGCCCCCGUGUCCGUGUCUCCCACAAUGCACCGGGGCGUCCCCGGCGACCUGCCCCCGGCCUACUCGCCCCAGGCGGCUGACGGACACCUGACGCUGUCCUAUGGGACGGAGGCGGGCGAGCUGUCGCUGGUGAGGGAAACGCCCCCCCCUCUGCCCAGCCCCCCCCGCAGCCUCCCGAGUCCCAGUUUGGGCCGGGGGGGCGAGGAAGGGCAGGACCUCUUCUUCCUCCCGCAGGGGGUGCAGAUCUUCUUCGUGGGCCCCGAGGGGCACGUCAGCGCCCCGUCCUACCCGGGGUACCUACGCAUCGCCCGGCUCAACAACCGACAGCACACAGAGGGGGCGUACGAACACGCUCCUGCGGUACUGCAGGUGUGUGACUGGGUGUACCCCCUGACCCCCACCUCCCCCGUCCUGCUGUGCAACACCGGCGUGUUCAUGUUCCCCAACACCAUGGCCGCCGCGCCGGGGUCCUACGUGGGGGUGGUGCUGUCCUCAGAUUUGCCCGAAUCUGACCGGCAGCUGUUUGAGGACCACCUCUCUCAGCUGACCGACCUCCGGCUCCAGGUGCCUGAGGCAGCCGCAGCAGCAGCAGCUGAGGACCGGUGUGAGAAGGUCCCCCUCAGUCCCCUGGAGGAAAUCGCCCCCUUGGGGGCCGCGGCAGAGAAGGAGGAGGAAGAGGAGGAUGAUGAUGAGAUUGUGCCUCUGCCGGAGUGGAGCGAGAAGGUGGCUCAAGGCAUCCUCACAGGGGCGUCCUGGCUCAGCUGGGGUCUGGUGAAGGGGGCGGAGUACACGGAGAAGGCCAUCCACAAGGGGGCGUCCAAACUGCGGGAGCGCAUCACCCCGGAGGACACGCCCGCCGAGGUCAGCCCCAACGUGGCCAUGGGCCUGCAUGUGGCCAAGCAGGCCACCGGGGGCGCUGUCAAAGUCAGCCAGUUUCUGGUGGAUGGCGUUUGCACUGUUGCUGGCCAUGUGAGCAGAGAGCUGGCCCCCCAUGUGAAGAAGCACGGCAGCAAGCUGAUCCCAGAGUCCCUGAAGAAGGACGCAAAGGGUCGCUCCACACUGGACGGGGCCAAGGUGGUGGCUGCCAGCGGCAUGCAGGGACUCGCGACAGUGUGGACAGGCCUGGAGGUGGCGUCCAAGAACAUCGGCAAGAGCGUCGCCACGGAGACGGUCUCCACGGUGAAACACAAGUAUGGCUCGGCCGCGGGCCAGGCCACCCACAGCGCCGUAGACUGCACCGUGGACCUGGGCGUGGCCGCCGUCAACUUCAACCACCUGGCCAUCAAGGGCCUCACCAAGGCUGCGGGCCAGCAGGCGUCCAGCGCCGCCGCGGAGAGCUCCAGGCCCCAGAAGAAGAGAGGGAAGAAGGAGGAGAAGAGGGAGGAGUAGCAGUAACAAUCACUCCACCACCCCAUCCACACAUCCUUUACAGUACCUGUCCUCUAUGCCUUAAAGUAUUAUUAUUAUUAUUAUUACCUUUUUAAUAUUUAUAUUAAGCUCUGCUCCUCGCCCUAGUCCUGGAAAGCUACAGGGUGUGAUUGUUUUUAUUUUCACCUUUAAGUCUACAGCUGAUUCAGACACAGAAAAGUCCUGUUUGCUAACAAUUAAAAGCAGACUGUGAGUCAACUGUGAUGUGCUUAGCUGGAGUUUAAACCUCAGAUUUAACCCUGAAGACAAUAGAAAUGUGUUGCAACUGGAACAGCUGUCCUAAGAUGUGGAAUUAGGAUUAGCUGUUCCAGUUGUGAUUCUGUUCUGUGGUCUCCAGCUAAACACACUGCAAGUGACCCCUGGGCUCUCCAGGAUGAUGUUAUAUGAAUAUUGCUUAUAGUUGAAGUAAGAUUGUUGGGUCAAAAAUAUUUUAAAGAUGGCACCUACAGGUGUAUGAAUCGGAACAAAUAUACAUGAAAUUCACAUCUAUACAACUUGUAUGGUGAUAAAGUAUGUUUUCUACCUUGGUGGUUUAAUGGAUAUAAAUAAUUAUUUAUGCCUUUUGUACGUUUUAGAAUGAAUUCAUAUGUUUGUAUCUGUAAUGUGGGAUGUGUUCCUGCUAGCAUUGCUGAACAGGUGCCUUGGGGUUAAAAACAUCUGACUUAUUCAUCCAUGUUCAUGUAUUUCUGUUGGGAAAGCUUUAUGCUAAAGGCCAGAUACACUAUGAAGACUGGAUUUAAAUUUUGCCUUGUUUAUCUACAAUUCCACAAGUGAACUGGGAGAAAAAUGCAAACGUUUAUUUUUCAUUUUAACAUUUAAUAAUGCUGUAUUUAUAAGGGCUUGCCUUUUUACUUCUCAAAACUGCCAUCGAAAACCGCUUGCAAGUGCCUCUGUAAGUGCAUUUGUAAUAUGAGCUCAACUAUGUAAGUAAGAGUCUUCUGUUACUUUAUAUACUAAAGUAUGACUGAUAAAUUCA